AUGGGACCAGGGAGGGAGAGGGAGAGGGAGAGGGAGAGGGAGAAGGAGAGGGAGAGGGAGAGGGAGAGGGAGAGGGAGAGGGAGAGGGAGAGGGAGAGGGAGAGGGAGAGGGAGAGGGAGAGGGAGAGGGAGAGGGAGAGGGAGAGGGAGAGGGAGAGGGAGAGGGAGAGGGAGAGGGAGAGGGAGAGGGAGAGGGAGAGGGAGAGGGAGAGGGAGAGGGAGAGGGAGAGGGAGAGGGAGAGGGAGAGGGAGAGGGAGAGGGAGAGGGAGAGGGAGAGGGAGAGGGAGAGGGAGAGAGAGAGGGAGAGGGAGAGGGAGAGGGAGAGGGAGAGGGAGAGGGAGAGGGAGAGGGAUAGGGAGAGGGAGAGGGAGAGGGAGAGGGAGAGGGAGAGGGAGAGAGAGAGGGAGAGGGAGAGGGAGAGGGAGAGGGAGAGGGAGAGGGAGAGGGAGAGGGAGAGGGAGAGGGAGAGGGAGAGGGAGAGGGUCUCUGUGUUGAUUAUAAUCUACGGCUUUAACAUAGGCCAAAUCGUGGUCGGCUAUAGUGUCGGGUGGUCUGCACCCAUCAUACCAAAACUUCAAAACACUACUGACAAUCCUUUGGAAGAACCAAUAUCAGAUCUCGAAGCCUCAUGGGUCGGGUCUUUACUGUAUAUUGGCGCUAUGGUGGGGCCAUACAUAACGGGAAUAUUAUCAAACCUAAUUGGCAGAAAGCCAUGUUUGUUAAUCGGAGGAUUCCUCAACAUAAUAUCAUAUAUCCUUGUGAUAACAACCAAGAAUAUUACAAUGGUAUAUACUUUGAGGAUUAUAAGUGGCUCAGGCAUGGGUGUAACCACGGUUGGAAAUAUUGUGUAUGUUGGCGAGAUAGCGUCCACACACAUACGAGGGAUUCUCUUGACAUCCACAUCAAUAGUGGGUAUUUCAGGCACGCUCCUGGUGUAUUCUGUGGUACCUUUUGUGUCGUAUGUGGCAACAGGGUAUAUGGCUUUGGGGAUUUCUUUAAUACACAUAAUUGGUAUUUUGUUCAUACCUGAGUCACCUGUUUACUUGGCUAUGAAAGGUGACACUAUAAAAGCAGCCAAGACACUUAACCGACUUGGUAGAUCUGGGGAUGUAGAUAAAACGUUAGAAACAUUUUCACAAACAAAAGGAUCUGAAACAACGAAAAUACAAGAUUGGACUGAGAUAUUUACUUUUAAAUCGAAUAGAAUGUCUCUGUUUUUAACAUUCACGUUAGGAGCUUUUCAACAAACAAGUGGUGUAGCCGUAGUAUUAUUCUUUGCUACAACUAUAUUCAAACUUGCUGGCUCGUCAAUAGAGCCGCAAAUAGCAACAAUUAUUAUUGGUGUCACUAGAUUGGUUUCCAGUUUAAUAGCACCUACGUUUAUUGAUAGAUCUGGGAGGAAGAUACUGUUGAUGAUGUCUAUGGUUGCGUGUGCUCUUAGUUUGUCGGUGCUUGGUUUAUAUUUCUAUCUGGACAGGGUGAAGAGUCCAGUUCUGGCGAGUAUCGGAUGGUUGCCGAUGGUGGCCCUCAUUGUUUACUUCUUCUGUUAUGAAGCGGGAUUCGGCACGAUCCCCAACGCGAUAGUAGGUGAAAUGUUCAGGCCAAACGUUCGCUCGAACGGGUCAGCACUUGCCAUAACACUAACCUGGCUUGUCGGCUUCGCUCUGACCACCAGCUUCAAUUCCAUGGUCGAGACCCUGGGCGGUGACGUCACAUUCUGGCUGUUUGGCGGCUGCUGUAUUCUGGCUUUUCUGUUCACAUUCUUCUGUCUGCCAGAAACUAAGGGGAAAACUUUGAACGAAAUACAGGAGAUGUUGAGCUAGUGUCGAAUAAAUUGUUUUUAGGU